CGCAUCCCGUCCUCACCAAGCGUCUUCACAGCUGAUGAAUAUCGAGCUUGGCUGCAACGCACACCUUCCACAAGUGCUAUAUAUGAGAGGAUCAGAGCAAGUCGUGAUGCUCUGCAGACUCAACGAGCACAGAGGUUUACAUACAGUGCUGAAAAUCUGCUGGAACGUGCUCGAGAUGUGGGCUCAAGGGAAAAGCCGUACUAUUCGUAUCGGCCACAUCUCACAGGCACGUUGGACAGACAUCAAUAUCGAUCAGGAUCAGUCACUGGCGGGCUUAGCGGCAGUGCAACUACGAGUCGGGCCACAUCCAUGCGUCGCAUGCGCCAUCUUCUGGAUCUGGAAUCACGUCACAUCCCAAAUCCUUCACCUACACGCACACAAGAUCCUCGCUCUCGCUUGCUUGACAUUAAUCCUGCAGAGUUCCUGAAAUAUAAAAUGGAUAAACCUGCUGGCUCAAUCACUGAACCAGGAUCAGCCGUGGAGCCAGGUGUAAGUGGUCUGCUUUGGGUGCACCUCCUAGCAGGACGCGGACUUCGCGCCACCACGUCAUCCUCCGCAGCUACCACUCCUUCCACACCUUCGGGACCACCCUUAGGGAGCAUGGGAAGUACAGGGCUUAGAGACUUAUAUUGUGUUCUGGAGUGUGAUCGUGUACACAAAGCACGAACAGUAGUUAGAACUGGAGACCUUGUUUUUGAUUGGGAUGAAACAUUUGAAUUAGAUCUUGUUGACAACCGUGAACUUGAUUUGCUUAUCUAUUCCUGGGAUCCACAGUAUCGGCACAAACUCUGCUAUAAGGGUUCAGUGCACUUAGCAUCUUUGUUACGAGAAUCACCUAUCCACCAACUAGCAUUAAAAAUAGAGCCUCGAGGAACUCUCUAUUUGCGACUUCGCCACACUGACCCACUACAAACAUUCAGACGGCGUGGAACCACAAGCCUUCUCUUGGGACGAUCCAGUAAAGCUCUGUCUGGUACAACAGGCUUUCUGUUCGGUGCAGAUCUUGAGACUGUCGUGGCUCGUGAGAGUCUCACAGGUGGUGUCCCUGGUGGAGUUGCUACGAGUGUGACACUCGCCACUCAAGCUACUUCCUCUGUACCCAUUAUUGUGAGAAGGUGUGUUGAAGAAGUGGAAAGAAGAGGCCUUGAUAUCAUAGAUUAUUUACGAGAACUUCCAGAGCCUUUGUUUACAAAAUGUCUUUACCAAAUGAUGGUUGAUGCUUUAAGUGUUUGUCUACCGGAUGAUCCUGAAGGAAAUGCAAAACUAAUGUUUUCUAUUCUUGACUGUUUACCCAAAGUUAAUAGGUGUACACUUAUUUUCUUAAUGGACCACUUAGCACUAGUAGUGUCACAAUCAGAGCGCAACAAGAUGUCACCCCAGAAUUUGGCAAUAUGUUUUGGUCCAGUAUUAAUGUUACAAUCUGAAGAGGGAAAACAUCUAGAUUUUAACCAGCCAAUAAAUGUAUUGCGUUAUUUGCUGGAAAUUUGGCCGAAUAAGUCAGUUCGGGAGGUCUUUGCACCUUCCCCCCACCUGUUGGCGUCCUCUCAGCAGCCGCCUCUACUGCCAUCGCGCCUGCCUCCCGCGCUGAAAGCGCCUCCAGUCACUUGUACAGCUCCGGGCGCGCCUCUGUGGUCUCUCGGGCGUGGGGGUCGGGGUACAGCCUCGAGAGGGCGGAAGACCCCCGAGGGCUCUCUUCCAGUAGGUCCUCAACAGCAAGUAGUAGUGGUAUCAUCUCCCGACUCUCCAACAAGUGAAGAAUCUUCACCGUCGCCCUCACCAGAGUCUGAGGUGAAACAACCUUUGCCUCCCCAGCGCACGGGGACCUUGAGAAAAGGUGGUACAGCAGCUUUGUUGUCUGAUAUGAUGGACGACGGAGGCAGCAGCAGUGGAGCAGUCUCUCCCCAGCAGCUUUCGCAGCAGCAAGUCCAGACGCCCACUUCGUCCACCACAACCGAGGAUUCAAGGAAGGAAGCAGGCCGAGAAGCUGAUGAAGAAGGAAGUGAUGAAGUGAAAGAAGAAGAUGCCGACGACGAGGAUGGUGGUGUAGGCAUGGAAGACGAUGUCCAUACGACCACCACUGAAGAAGAAGAGUAAUGUAGUGGAACAAUUUGUUAGCAACAUCAGAUAUUAAUUGAAAAUUGAAGAUAAUUACUAAGAAUGGUAAUGAAAGUGUUUUACUAGCAGAAAACACAAAUUGAAGAUCUAUUUCUCAUUAGGUAGGUUUUGUUUAUGUUUGGUAUAUUACUAUAAUGGAAUUUGUACAUACUUAUUUCAUAGUUCAGUGAGGAAAAUAAAAUAUUAUGUUUAAUAAUUUAUAUGGAAAAUAUUAACAACAAAAUCUUAGUAAAAAAGCAUUCUAGUCAGAGAAAAUUUAAUUAUUUCCUAUGGAAAUUGUCUUGUAUGUUAAAUUAUGCAUUUACUAUUGUUUAUUAUUUUAGAACCAACACUAGGUUCAUUAUUGUUCACUCAAAAAAUUCAACAAAAUAGAAACACUGAUGUCAAUAAUGAUCUGUGCUCAUUAAUAUCAGUAUACAAAGAUACACUACCAAGUACCAAUUAUCCUUGUAUAUACAGUAUUCAUCUUGAAAGGCAAUGUUUAUUGCCAAAUCCUACUAAACUCUUCACACCAAUCUGUCUGGAUUAUUGAAAUCAAAUGUAUUUCAUAAAGUCUUCAAUCAAUUCAAUUGUUGUAUCAUAUUGCCAACAAGAAUGGAAUUUUUGCUAGAUAGAAUGAAUAUAUUAAAUGCCCUCUUUCAUAUGCUAACUUGGAUGCCCUCAAAUUAAAUACGGGACAUACUCUCCUCUCAGUUGGAUGUUUCAAUGUGAAUGUGUGUUGAUGUUGUAUGUAAGAGAUGCGGAGGCAUAUUGCUCUGUUAAAAUAUUUACAUAUAUAAUAACUAUAAAAUAUAGCUUGUCAAACUAGAAAGUGGCUUCUAAAAAAUACUUGUUUGCUUUGAAUCCCUAUUAUAGAACUUCCAUUUGAGUGCAUAACAAGGUACAUGAUGCUUUUCAUUAGAGAAAAAUGCAUAGGUGUGUCACUGUUAUAGUAAAUAUUGAAAAAUGAAAAUAGAGAUAAAUCCAAAAUAUUUUAUAAUCAGUGCAUCCUGUGAUGGCCUCUUGCUUUCUUUGUAUUUCCUGAAAUCUAAAUUGAAUUUUUUUUCAUAUAUGCUUACAUUUCUACAAAAUAAAACUGUCCUUUUUCCAAUAUUCCCAAUUCAUAAUUCUAGACCAAACAUAAAGGUGGUUCAAAAUUUAUCCUUUUCAUUCAGAUGAACAAUCAAGAAGAGAACAAUGGAAAAAAUAGCAAAUGAACAGACAAAACAACACUGGACAUGACAAAGUUCUUCUCUAUUUUAAUAAUACAAUCAAAAUCUAUUUAUUUAUCAAUUUCUUUACUGGUCUUAAAAUUUAAACUUCAUAUACUACUUACAAAAUUAAACAUUACUGACACAAAUAUAAACAUGAAAUUAUUUUCAAUAUUAAAUAGUGAAUGUGAUUUACAGAAUGCUUAAUUUAAAAAUGACUGCUCUGCAUUUUCUCCUUAAAAUCCUUACUUUCAUGAAAUAUGAAUGUCUUCUUUACAUAGAUUUUAAAAAUUAAUUCAAGUUUUAACAUCACCAACUGUUUAAACAAAGACAGGCAUCCUCUUUGAGCCUCUUUCUAGUUUGCGUUUGCCCUUGUGAAGUUUCGUAAGGUGCUGGCAUGUUGUCCUGAUCCUCUGAUUUAUAAAAGUUUUCUUUUAAUUUUCUUUUAAGCAAUAAAAGAAAUUAGUGUGUGGAUAAAACUAGCUUUGAGUUUCAAUAAUUGAUCUUAAUUUUUUUCAAUGUUAUUUUGUUCUCUUUUUCAUACAUAACAUGAAUUUAUUUCAGUGACUUCUGUGAAUAAUCAGUUUUUUUCAAUAGCAUUUGAAGUGUCUAAAUAUUUUUGUUUACUUCUUCUAAAAUCUGGAAGUUUGUAUUGUUAAGACUGAUCAAAAUUUUCAGAAGCAAUUAGAGGGCAGGACACAAAUGUAUUGAAUUUGCACAAGUUAGAGUUACAUUGUUGAGAGAUAUAAUUAUACUACAUUAAAGACUUAAACCAAAGAAGUCAAACCAAUGCACAAAAUACCUCAUCCUAGCUUCUUGUAUUAAUCAAAAUAGCAUCACAAAGUUUAACCUUGUACGUCCGAAUAAACAAACGAAAGAUAUAAUAAGGAAGGUGUCUCAAAACUACAUUCAAACAUUGUUCGUCCGUAUGCAAUUUUAUGAAGUAUUGUACUUCGCUCACAGCACCAUUGAAUAGUAGAAAUGGUGAGUCGUGUUUGGAAAAAAUUAACACAGUGUUUGAGUGACUUGAUGUGCCUUGUGUUAGAGUCAGACUGGAGUACAGCCACAAUGGUCAACAAAAGGCAGUGAAAAGACAUUCAGUGACUUACAGGUUCCAACGCUCUGUACUUUUCUCAGUAUGAAGUAAAUACUGAAAUUAUUUCCUUAUAAUUCCUUUCCUAGGAAGUUCAAACUUGGAUUUUGAGCAACUGGGGAAAAUGAUAACAAAAUAUUGAUAGUUGCAACACACAUCAGUGAAUACAUGAUGAGAAUGUAUAAUGUGAAUGAAAUAAUGAAUGUGCCUGCAAUGAAGCUUGUAUGGAGGAUAAAUGAACUUUCCUGUAGCAGAAGAAGAGUAUUCAAGAAUUAUUCAAUCUUCUAAGGAAUUCAAUUGAAUUAUAUAUAUCAUUGGACAGAUGGCCUGAUGAAUGGAGCUUCUGACAUGCAGAUUUUUUAAUGUUUGUUUCAAAGCAAUAACAAAAGUGCACCUAGAAAAGGACAGGCCAGGCAUGCUCUAUUGAUGUGUUAGUGGACUCCUUGUGGGCGCUAGUGAGUAGUGCUGAUCUUAUUUAGAAUGUGCUCAAGCUGCCUGAAAGUAUUUGAAGUGUCAUCUCAUGGUUGGAACCAAUUAUUCCACAAAUUUAUUUAAUGUAACUUAACAAAUGUUUAUUAUUUUGUUUAAUUAAUUCUCACAAUCAUUCCUCUGAUAGUUUCCAAUAUAUAAGAUACUUCCAAGUUUUACUUAAAUUCCAUUAUUUAUCUUUGUGCAAGUUUUUUGUCAGUGUCUUCCUUUAUUAAUGUAAAUAUGUUCAAAAGUUUGAUCUCUUUACUCCACUUUUGUCUCUACAUUAAGAUUUAUAUCUAAAACAAUCACACAAAUUAGUUUUGACAUCAUCACUGCCAGUGCAGCAAGUGGCAUACAUUUAUGUCAAUUCAACUGAUAUCAUCAUAUCAUUUUCAGAGCAUAAAUAUUUCAGUUAAUCGAGAUCAGCACUUCCAUUUCCCUUUCUGCUGAUAUACAGGUUUAGGAAUGUAACAAUUGUGUUAACUAGUAGUUUUGGAAAAGUGUUGAAAGACUGCAAAAGAAAAGCUUUUCAGAUAAAAGAACAAGUGUUUUUGCCAGGUACACAUGCAACAUCACUGCCAUAUAUUAAGAAAGAUAUUGUUCUCAGUCCAGGAUACUAAGAAACCAUCAUAAACACUUCCAAGUUAGAGCUCAGUGAGCAUAAUUUCAUAGAAUGGCUUGUGGGUUUCACAAUGUCUUACAGAAUGAAAAAGUCCUAUUUUGUUUUUAUUAAUUAAAUGCAAUUAAAGUUAUGAUUUAUUACAUUUAUGAGCUUAAUUUGUGUUCCUAAUUUGCAAAAGCAAAUCUGAUUAUCACUAAACAAAACAUGGUAAUAUUCCUCACCAUCCAAAAGAGUGUAAGAAAAUUAAUGAAAGUGUUUUUGUUUAUGAGGUACCAUUAAGCUUUCUUUAGUGUAUUCCAGGUAUUCAUUAGACACAUUUGAAGCAUUGAUGUAUUAGUUGAAAGUAAAGGAAUGUCAUUUAAACUUUCAUCUUCCAGAAAAUAACACAAGGCCUGUUGGAUAUUCAUCAAGCCAUUUUUUUGAAAUAUGUUCAUUCAUACUCCCUCCCAUGCUAAACUUCCAUAAAAACAUAGAGGUUCCUGUGCAUAAAUGAUGAAAGGGGAAAAAACAUAAAAAGUGUGUUUGAAUGUAUCUGUAAUAAAUAAAUACAGUAUUAGAUUAUUGAUAGAACAAUUAGCUACAAAAAGUACAUACAGGUUAUUGCUACUUUUGUUAUUAAAGAAUCACAUACAUUGUUUCUGUAAUAAUCAAUAAUUCUUUAUGGUAUAAUCUGCUCUCUUUAAUCCAUAUGUUGAUGCUACUACUAGGUCUGCAUCAAGUGUUGAUGCUGUUGACAGGGCAAGCUACUUGCAAAUGGUGCUAGGGAAGCAAGCUUACAUUAUGAGCUAUGUCUGUUUUGAAGCAUGUUUUUAAGUUUCUAAAAUUACAAUUAUUAUUAUUUGACCUUUCUCAAAAGAAAAAUGUAUCUCUUUGAAAAAUUUUACAAACCUUCAUAGUAUUUAUGCUGACAUGUUGAUGGUCUCAUGAACAGCUCUGCUUUCUCUUUUCAAUGAAUUUCAUGCACAUGAAUUAAUUGUGAAUGUCAUUCUGUGCUUGAAAAUCAUUGAUCGUUUUCAAUAAUAAAUCACUUACAAAGUAUAAACAAGUAACAAACCAAAAAUAUGAUAAUCUAAAUCCCUUCAACCUCGUCAUCUGGCAUGACAAAUCAUCUUCAUACUUAAUACAAUAUAAAAAUAAUUUUACCCUUAUGCCCUAACGACUCUUCAGAAGGAAAAAUUGCAUCAUAUCCUCACAAAACACUCAUUCAUAGAAGUGAUAUAAUUUGUUCUUCUGAAUAUAACAAAAAAUCACCUCAGAAAAGAAUUAAUGAAUUGCAGAUUUUUGCAUAAAAAGGAGAGUAGAAUGAUCUUACUUCAAAACAGUACUUUGCUUGAUGUGAAUUUUGUUGUUGAUGAGACUUGUGUGUCUAUAUUUUGCAAUGUCUACACAAUCGGUACUAAAUAUAAGUUACUUUCAUCACUGCCGGCUAACUGAAGCUUUAAGCAGACAUUCACAGUGUAAGAAUAUAUUGUGUAUUGAAAUUUGUCUUUACAAAAACCUUUGAGAUCUGAUUUGACUUGCUUGAAAAUUGUUCAUUCAAUGGUGCAACCAUUAUCUGAAUCUAGAUCAGUAUAAGUAAUUCAAACAUUGCUGAUGUAGUUGAUAUGACUGUGAAAUUUGCCUGUAUGACAAACAAUUUGUACAGUGGUUAUUCACAAAAUUUUAUUUUGCCAUAGAAGUAUGUCAGUGAUAAAAUGUGACGUUAUUCAUAAUGUCAAUAUGAAUAACACUCUUACUUUUUAUGUUACUUUUCUCAAAUACAAAUGAUUAAGAUAGCUUAAACAGAUAUUAUUUAAAAUACCAUUUAAGACUAAGCGUACAAAAGAGUGUUAAAACAUUGUCAUAUUUUAUGAAUCCUAUAAAGUGUUCUCCUGACAGAAAUUCUUCCAUUAAAACUCAUUUUUAUGAAAGACAUAGCUGUGAAAUCACUUUACAUAAAUUUCUCCUGUAAAACUCAAAGUGAAAAAAUUUACUUUUACCAAAAUAUCUGAAUACAGUAUACAUAACAGAACUUUGUAGUGCUCCGUGAUAGAACAAUUAAAGAUUGUAAUGACAUUAAUUACAUUUCAAGUGAUGCAAAAUGUGUAAAUGUCUCAUUAAAUCACUCAAAAAAUGUAUAUUUUUAGUGAAAGUGAAUGUUUCUAGAGGAAAUGUUUGUCAUAACCAUUGUUGUUGCUUUUUUAUUUCUUAUUCUAAAAGAAGUCUACUUAUUGAUUAAUGUUCAAUGUGUUCAUGCAGGAUUAUUCUUAUUCCAACACUCAAAACAAUUUUUUUCAAUAAUUAGCCAAUAAAAAUGAAUAUUACAUUGGAAAUGCAACUGUUAUUUAUUAGAGGAAUAUUAUUGGUAAAACUUCAAAACCAAACUUUAUGUAUGAUUACAGAAACAUUCAAAACUAAAUACCUAAAAAUUAAAAAAAUAAAAAAAAAAGAAUUCAUGAAACUAUUGGCAAUAAAGCAUUCCUUAUUCUACAUAAAAUUAUUAUAUUAACUCUGUACAAUAAAAAAAAAUUCAAAUCCAAGACCAUAAAAUUCAUGAAAUUAGAGAAUCAACAUAAUAAUCUUUUGCAUUUUCCUUAAUAUUUAUGAUGCACUUCAGUUGGCAGCAAUACCAUUAGCAGGACUACCGUAAGAAUUUUUAUAAUGCUUCAUUAAAAAAAUAAUAAUUAAUUUUCUUCAUUUACUUAUAAUGGUUAUAACACACAAUUCCUCAAUU